AUGCUCAAGUGGGUGCAAGGAGGCGUUUCUGCCCUGACCGGAUCGGCCGAGCCCGAGUACGGCGCCGAGGCCUUUGAGUCUGUGUCCAAGUCUGUGGACGGCAAAAACCCCUACGGGUCUCUGACCCUUCCCGAGCUCAACUGGCUCAAGCCUGCGGGCUCCAACGUGGAGACGCAGACCUUCUACUUCUUCUCCAAGGACGGCAAGCAGUUUGGCCACGUGCAGAUCAUCCAUUCCAACCCGCUGGGAAUCCAGAACACCGCCCAGUUCACCUUCCGGCUGUCCAACGCCGACAAGCCCGAGGAGAACGUGUGGAGCUCCACCAACGUGGAGGAGUUUGAGCCCGUGGGCCCCAACUUCACCGCCAAGGGCCCCAUGGACGGCGUCAACAUCAAGCUGGUGCCGUCUGUGGAUGACGACGGAAAGACCACCGAGGCCUUCCACGUCAAGAUCCACGUAUCCGACGAGGUCAAGCUGGACCUCACCUUCACCCGAUCUGUCGAGGGCUUCAAGAUUGGACCCACCGGCCAGUCCAAGUACGGCGAGGACCUCAACAACCCCUGGGGAGCCAUGCGACACUCGUUCUGGCCCCGAGCGUCGGUGUCCGGCACCAUUGAGGUGGCCAACAAGGACAAGAUGGAGCUCGACAACGACUUUGGCUUCUUUGUGCACGCCACCCAGGGCAUGAAGCCCCACCACGCCGCCUCCAAGUGGAACUUCAUCACCUACCAGUCGCCCAAGUACUCGGCUGUGGUCAUGGACUACACCACCCCUCCUUCGUACGGAAGCUCGCGGGUGACCAUUGGCGGAGUCGCCUCGGCCGAGAAGCUGCUUUUCACCUCGGCCAACGCCACCGUCGAGCACGUCGAGACCAAGGAGGACGAGGAGGUGGGCUGGCAGGUUCCCACACUCAUCAAGUUUGAGUGUGAGGGUCCCAAGGUUGACGUUGCUGACGAGGACGUUGACAAGCCCGAGAACCGAGGCAAGGCCGUGCUGCAGGGCAACCUGACCCAUCUCGAGCGAAUGGACGUCAUGGCCGAGAUCCCCGCUUUCCUCAAGUCUCUGGCCUCCACUGUUUCUGGCACAAAGCCCUACAUCUACCAGUUCCGAAACGAGAUGGAGCUGGAGCUGGAGAUUGACGGAGAGAAGAUUCAGGAUAAGGGUCAGAUUUUCUGCGAGGCUACUUUUAUUUCUUAA